GUCUCGUUGAAUGGACGACGACGGCGUCGAAUUGUGGCAAUCGUCCGCCGCUUACUACAAUGACGACGACAACGAGGAUGAACAGGAUGGCAGAGACAGUGCACAUGCAUUCGGCAUUGAUCGCAUGGACGUCCACCAGCGAGCUGUGCAACAACAAGACCAAGUCACUCAUCCGCACUCAGAUGCCAAGAUUGUCCAUGCCAAGUCCGUGGCAGAGGAACGCGGGACGCCCGCCAGAAACAGAAACACGGACGAUGCAUGCCCAGUCUGCCUCGGUGACUUUGUCGACAAGACCAUGCUCGAGAGCUGCUUCCACAUCUUUUGUUACGAGUGCAUUCGGCGAUGGUCAGCCGUCAAUCGCAUGUGCCCGCUGUGCAAGACAAAGUACUCGGCAGUCAUCCAUCACAUCAGGAGCGAAACCGAUUUCGUGCGCGAAGUACUGUCCUCCGUGUCAGGGCCGGCUGCACAACCUGCACAUCAACCUGGCGAAACGACCGUUGUGAUCAACCGAAGAUUGCAAGAGCGAAUCAAUGCGCAGCGGACUUCACCCUCUACCCCGCUGGCCAGGUCUGUUGUGUCGAUACCAAGAACUGCUGCGUCUCGAGAGCGCCGAAGAGUAAUCUACGCGAAUCGAUUGCGCGCCAUGUAUCUGGGUGGUGGCGCCCCAUCACGAUGCCACGCAAUAGAUCCUGCUAGCUUUCAAAGGCAGCCGCAGUUGGUCCAGCGCCUCGUGCCUUGGAUUGCGCGUGAUCUCGAUGUCCUUCUGGCAGAUGCGAGUACCGUGACGUUCGUUUUGAAUUACAUUCUCUCGCUGCUCGAAGAAGUCGACCUGCAAUCCAAUGCGUUUGUGGCAUUGGUUCAAUCCUUUCUUCACGAGCACUCGGAACAUUUCGUCCACGAAUUGGUACAAUUUGCACGCUCAACACUCGACAUGGCGGCCUACGACAGACAUGUGCAGUACGCUGUGCCCGACGCUCAACCACAGCGCCUCGUCAGGCAGGCAGUCGCCCCCGCAGAACGCCCACCCAGUCUUGCUCGCUCAGCACAGCCAGUGUCUCUGUCGGACGAGUUUCUGACCGAAGUAUCCGAGCUGCUGGCGCAAUCUGAAAGGUAUGAGCCCUCCGCUGGUCGUCAAGCCGCAGAGGCCGUGGCAGCUGCAGAAAGGCGGCAAUCCCGCGGACCGGGUUGUGACCGGUUUUUGCGCUCGCCAUCUCGAUCUCGGUCGCGAUCCCCACCUUCUCGGUACUCGCGCUCCCGCUCUCGCUCGCCUUCCAAACACUCAACUACGCGGUAUUCACGCUCGCGCUCUCCAAGACCCCAUAGUUCAUCGCGACGCAGGCGAUCCCCCUCCCGCUCACACUCCCGAUCGCCGGCUCGAUCGCGCUCACCACCAUCACCACUACCACCACAACCGCGAUAUCGGCGUCACUCGACUCGAUCUCCAGCCCCCACUCGGCGCGACAAGCCCCGUCGUCAUUCUCGUCGGCGUUCGAAAUCCAGCUCGCCUACCCGCACCGUGUCCGAGCCUCCUCAACUGUCGCACCCUACAUCGACUCAGUUGCAUUCUCCAUCAACUCUUCCAUCCGACAGCGCCAAAACGGUGAUCUCUGCUCCCACGCAACCAUCGGGCUCGAGUGCCGCUCAUCAGGUGCAACAGCUGCACCAGCGGGAAUUGCAACUUGCUCGCAGUAACCUCCUAAACCUAAUGGUGCAGCGUGAAAUGCUCUCCAAAUCUGGGGCCGAAGGCCAAGCUGGAGCUGCGCUGGAUGCUCAGAUCGCGUCCUUGAAGCGUCUGUUGAACUCCUCCCACUCGUAAACUCACUGUAGAAUCUCUUAUUUAUCGGCCAUGAAACGUUCAUGCUGCGUGGUAAAACGAAUUAUCUAAUACAAACAAUUGAAUACAAAC